AACUUCAUCCUAUUUCUCGUAAUCGGAUUAACAACACCAACAGAGGCGUUGAUGCCAGAUAAGCUGUUCAGAUCAAUCGAAUUAGAAUAUCGUGGUCACGACCCAGCAGUCCUGAAGUCAUACACUAAAUUUUUGAAUAGUGUUUGCUCCCACUUAAAUUUGACAAAAGGUCGUUUUAAAAUUUUGCCGUAUGUUCGAUGGGUUCAAUACGCGUUACGAUCGAAAUUCGUCCACAAAAAGUACAAAUUGCACUACGAAACUCGUACUUAUAUCAGAAGAUUUGAAGUUUUGAACCUCACAGGUAGUACGGCAAGCACAUUUUUGGAGUACAUAGAAAGGAACAUUCCGGAAGGUGUUGGUAUGCGAGUGGGUUACGUAGAAAUGCAACCUCUUCCGCCGACAAUUACAUCGAAACAGUAG